CUCCUUUUCUUCUCAUUUUGUUUUUAAUUUUGGUUUUCUUUUCGAUUUCGUUUUUGCGGAGUACUUGUGCUUCUCUGUUGUAUGCAGAGUGGGGUUUUCUAUAGGGUUUUUCCGGCUAUGCGGAAGCUGGGAUUCGUUAGCUAAGGGAUAUCGGGUUUUCUGAUUUCUUGUCUCUGGGAUACAUUCCACUUCCAGGUUCUUAGCUAUUUGGUGAAGAAAAUGAUUAUAACAAAGCAGUACCGAUGCAUACACUCAGCUACCUGUCAAUGCACUAAGGGCCAUUUAAGUGAAGACGUGAUAUUCUUAGUAUUUCACUAUUUAAAUUGGAAUCCCAAGCUAAUUGCUACUCUUUCAUGUGUUUGUAAAUGGUUUGAUGAUUUUGCCAAGCGGGUACUAUGGAAGGAGUUUUGCCGAACAAGAGCUCCGAAAAUGAUGAUUGAUCUGCAAUCUAGUGGGAGCCACAGUGUUGAUGGGAACUGGAGGGCUCUAGGAAAGCUCCUUAUUUACUGUUCAGGAUGCAAGAAAGGUGGCUUGUUUAAUAACAUUCAUAUCCCUGGUCACUUUGUUUAUAGAACUCGGUUUUCUAGAACAUCAGGAAAGAGCUUCCUUUUGCCACCAUGUAGAACUGAUGUCUUAUACGUGUCUGAUCCUUGUGAGCAUCUUCACCAAGGAGAAGAAGGGGAUAUAGGAUUCUUUCGCGGAAUUUUCAAAUCAUUCUCUACAUCAAAAGUUAGGAAGAUGCUUAUUAGCAGAGGUGCCAAGCUCCAUCCUACGGAAGUUUGUCCUUACUGUAAGGCAAAGUUGUGGAGCAUGCUGCAGGCCAAAAUGAUUCCGCUAAGUGCUAGCUGCAGGUUGGGUUCCUAUGAAGAUCGUGUUGAGUACUAUGUGUGCCUCAAUGGUCACUUGCUGGGGAUCUGUACCCUCUUACCGUUGUCUGAUUCAGAAGAGACAUCUGAGUUUGACUGAUACCCAAAUUAUUGUCAGAUUGCAACCAGUUUCUGGAUGAUAUCUGAAUAAUCACUCCGCUGGUAUGCUCCCGCGUAUUCUUGUGGUUAGCGGCAUCUGAAAUAUACGCGUACUCUUAUGGUGAUUCUACUCGAGCAAUUCAAGUUGGUGCCGCUUUUCUGAUCCAUGCCAGUCGGUUAAGGAUGGAAAAUGCUACUGCAUUUUUCUUUAUUGAACUAUUACAUAUAAGGUUAGCUGGCCAAACAGAGAACUAUUACACGUGAGGUUGUUACACUGAACUAGCUGAUACCUUUUAUAUCCAUGUGUUGAUAUAUGGCAUUGGUGACAGAUCGGUAGUUGAAUAUUCCAUUCAGUAUCAGUCUGAUUCAUUUUCAUUUCUCAUUAUCUCCGAAAGAUUUGAUCCCCUGUCCAUCCUAUUCUGCUGUACGGAAGAGACGUGAUUUUAUUCAUUCAUUUUUUCGCGAGGGGUUUUUUUU